UGUUAUUUGGGACGGGGGAGUAAAUGCAAACCCGCCAGUGACCUCCUCAUAACUGUAUGGAUCUUCUUGAUAAUAGAAACCCAACUCCCUGUUAACUCCUCUUCUUCUAAAACCUCAGACCAUUCCUCUCCAACUGGACUGAGGAACUUACUGAUGCUGCAGCAUGAACACUUAGGUUAAAGCAGAUCAUUUUGAUUUUACAGGUCAACAGUGGUGAAACUAUAAAACAGUAGAGUGAAAAGGAAAGAUCAGUUCUGAAGUCCUCAAUGACGCUUCACCUGCGCCACACAUUUCUUGCACGUUGUAUGUCAUCUUCUACCUCCUCAAAAGUUCCAUUACUUUGGCAGACCAAAAUUGAUUCUGAUACCUCAAACUCAACCCUUCAACUACUAUCAUGGGGUAGAGGAAGUUCUGGCCAACUUGGCGGUGGAAUUGAAGAGAUCAGAGCAUAUCCUACCCCUGUCGCCUCUUUUCACCUACCCUCCAAUUAUCGCCUCUCUCCCACUUCUGGCCUCCUCCGAGAACCCUCCGCUGACUCAUCAGCAUUUGAGAAAUUAUCAUUGUCAGAGAUAGGCAUCUCCUGUGGUUUCUUCCACUCAUGCUUGUUAAUUAACGGAAACAUCUGGAUGUGGGGUAAAGGUGAUGGUGGUCGCCUUGGCUUUGGCCAUGAAAACCCUGCAUUUAGUCCAACUCUUAACCCUAAUCUUGACUCCGUUCGAAGUACUGCUCUCGGUGGACUUCAUUCUGUUGCUCUUACCUCCCUUGGGGAUGUCUACACUUGGGGUUAUGGUGGAUUCGGCGCUUUAGGCCAUUCAAUCUAUACUAGGGAGCUGUUGCCUAGGAUGGUAAACAAAGCUUGGAGUGGGAAAAUAUGCCAAAUUGCAACAAGUGGGGCUCAUACUGCAGCAGUCUCUGAGUUUGGCGAUCUUUAUACUUGGGGCCGAGAUGAAGGAGAUGGUAGAUUAGGACUCGGUCCUGGUCGUGGCCCAAAUGAAGGUGGCGGACUAAGUAUCCCCUCCAAAGUAAAAGAGUUGUCUGUACCCGUGGCUGCUGUAUCAUGUGGGGGAUUUUUCACAACGGCAUUGACUAAAGAAGGGCAACUUUGGAAUUGGGGUGCAAACUCUAACUAUGAGCUAGGAAGAGGAAACAAAGUUGGUGGUUGGAAACCACAAGCAGUUCCUAGCCUUCAAGAUACUCGUAUAAUUCAGAUAGCUUGUGGUGGAUAUCACUCCUUAGCCUUAACUGAUGAAGGUAAAGUACUUUCAUGGGGUCAUGGUGGUCAUGGUCAGUUGGGUCAUUCUUCAAUCGAAAAUCAGAAGGUUCCAUUGUUAAUUGAAGCUUUAGCUGAGGAAAAUGUGGUUUAUGUUGCCUGCGAAGGUUCAACUUCAGCUGCUAUCACUGAUAAAGGGAAGUUAUACAUGUGGGGAAAUUCGAGGGAUUGUCAACUAGGGGUUCCUGGAUUGCUGGAGGUACAACAUUUGCCUGUCGAAGUGAAGUUUCCUGUAGAAUAUGAUGGAUUAGGGCCACACCAUGUCCUUUCAGUUGCGAUAGGAGCAUCUCAUGCGAUGUGCUUGGUUUUGAGGUCUCCAAGCCAAACCACAGAGGAGAGGUGAGUUCAUAAUUCUAGCUGAGAUCUGAAAGUUUGUCUUGCGAGAGAAUCAAAGAUCUUUUGCUUGAAUGUCUAUUUAAGAGGACUUAUAUAACGUAAGAUUCCAUUUAUCUCAUUUUAAGUUGUCACUAAAUUUAGAAAGAUCCUUCUAUGUGGUAAAUAAUUUAGGAACAUUCAGCAGUUAAUUAUCAGCAUUAAAAUUAUCAAGGUUAUUUU